GAUCGCGAAGAUCGAAAGAUGAAGACUUGGGCGCUUGCCUCUGCUCUCCUGCUCCUCCUCCUCCUCUCCACCGUCCCCGAUCCCGGCCAUAAGCACCAUGCGAAUGCUGAGGAGACCGACGAUUCGGAUGCUCCGGUCGACCCCCCGAAGGUCGAGGAGAAGCUGGGGGCCAUCCCCAGCGGGCUUUCCACUGAUGCCGAUGUUGCCAAGAGAGAGGCGGAGUCGAUCUCAAGGAAGAGUCUGCGGAGUAGCGCGGAGAAGUUUGAGUUCCAGGCCGAGGUUUCACGGCUGAUGGAUAUCAUCAUCAACUCGUUGUACAGUAACAAGGAUAUUUUCUUGAGAGAGCUUAUAUCUAAUGCCUCUGAUGCACUGGAUAAGAUUAGAUUCCUUGCUCUGACGGACAAAGAGAUCUUAGGGGAAGGCGACAACACUAAGCUCGAGAUCAUGAUUAAGUUGGACAAGGAGAAGAAGAUCCUUUCAAUUCGUGACCGAGGAAUUGGUAUGACAAAGGAGGACUUGAUCAAGAACUUGGGAACCAUCGCCAAGUCAGGAACUUCUGCUUUUGUGGAGAAGAUGCAGACAGGUGGUGACCUGAAUCUUAUUGGGCAGUUUGGUGUUGGGUUCUAUUCAGUGUAUCUUGUUGCUGACUAUGUUGAAGUUGUUAGCAAGCACAAUGAUGAUAAACAGUAUGUAUGGGAGUCCAAGGCGGAUGGGUCCUUCGCGAUUUCGGAGGAUACUUGGAAUGAGCCCCUAGGGCGUGGAACAGAAAUUAGAUUACAUCUCAGGGAUGAAGCCAAGGAGUAUCUUGAGGAAGACAAGCUGAAAGAAUUGGUCAAGAAGUACUCUGAAUUCAUCAAUUUCCCUAUUUAUCUUUGGGUAACCAAAGAGGUGGAUGUGGAAGUUCCUUCUGAUGAAGAGGAAUCUACUGAUGAAGAGGAAAGCUCUGAAACCACUUCAGAGGAAGAAACUGAAGAGGAUGGCACCGAGAAAAAGCCCAAGACAAAGACCGUGAAGGAAACAACUUCUGAGUGGGAGGUUUUGAAUAAUGUGAAGGCUAUCUGGCUGCGAAACCCCAAGGAAGUGACAGAGGAAGAAUACACAAAAUUCUACCACUCUAUUGCUAAGGAUUUUAGUGAGGAGAAGCCUUUGGCUUGGAGCCACUUCACUGCUGAAGGCGAUGUAGAGUUCAAGGCAGUGCUUUUUGUACCUCCUAAAGCUCCUCAAGAUCUCUAUGAAAGUUACUACAACUCUAACAAGUCCAACUUGAAGUUGUAUGUUAGACGGGUUUUCAUCUCUGACGAGUUUGAUGAACUUCUUCCAAAAUAUCUCAGCUUUUUGAAGGGUCUUGUUGACUCUGACACGUUACCAUUGAAUGUGUCACGAGAGAUGCUUCAACAACACAGCAGUUUGAAGACCAUCAAGAAGAAGCUUAUUCGCAAGGCCCUUGAUAUGAUUCGCCGAAUUGCAGAUGAGGAUCCUGAUGAGCCUGGCAGCAAAGAGAAGUCUGAUUCAAAAGAAGUCAGUGAGGAUGAUGAAAAGAAGGGACAGUACACAAAAUUCUGGAAUGAGUUUGGUAAAUCAAUCAAGCUUGGUAUCAUUGAAGAUGCACAUAAUAGAAAUCGCCUUGCAAAACUCCUCAGAUUUGAAACCACCCAGUCUGAAGGAAAACUCACCUCCCUGGAUCAGUACAUUUCUAGAAUGAAAGCUGGCCAAAAGGACAUAUUCUACAUUACAGGGACCAGCAAAGAGCAGUUAGAGAAAUCUCCAUUCCUUGAGAGGCUUAUAAAAAAGAAUUUUGAGGUUAUUUUCUUCACAGAUCCAGUUGAUGAAUACUUGAUGCAAUACCUAAUGGACUAUGAAGACAAGAAGUUCCAGAACAUCUCCAAGGAGGGCCUCAAACUUGGUAAAGAGACUAAGUUGAAGGACCUUAAGGAAUCAUUUAAGGAACUCACCAAAUGGUGGAAGGAUGCCCUUGCAAGUGAGAAUGUUGAUGAUGUGAAGAUAAGCAACCGCUUAGAAAACUCUCCCUGUGUGGUUGUCACAUCAAAAUACGGAUGGAGUGCAAACAUGGAGAAGAUUAUGCAGUCUCAAACUCUUUCUGAUGCGAGCAAGCAAGCUUAUAUGCGUGGCAAGAGGGUUCUUGAAGUUAACCCUCGCCAUCCCAUCAUCAAGGAACUCCGUGAGAGAGUAGCACUGGAUUCGAAGGAUGAGAGUGCGAAGCAGGCUGCGAAGCUCAUGUACCAAACAGCUCUUAUGGAGAGCGGCUUCAUGCUUAAUGAUCCAAAAGAAUUUGCCACAAGCAUUUAUGAUUCUGUAAAGGCAAGUCUGAAAAUCAGUUCUGACGCUGAAGUAGAAGAGGACAAUGAUACAGAAGAAACUGAGGCUGAAGAGAAGGGAUCAGAAUCCACCAAGGAAGCUGAUGCUGAUAUUGAAGAUGCCGGGUCCUCACCUCUCAAGGAUGAGUUAUAGAUGUGUUAUUAUUAGGAGUCAUAGAUUGAUGAUCUAAUGGUCAUCACGGCAAAUCUUCCUUCCAAACCACUGUUUCCUUAUGGUUGCCUUCUUGUCGGAAGAUUAUGUUUGUUUCUUCCCUGAUACUAUUGUAGAAUGAGAUCAUCUUUACUGCUUGAACUUGGACCUAAUUCUGGUUUACCUGGUUCAGUUGGUUGCUGUGACCAUCAGUUCAUGCUAAGUUGUUCUUCUUGAUAAUAUCCAACUUCUUGUGAUGGUAUUCUCUAUUGUGUCAUCUUUACUUUUUCA